UUGGAUGAAAAGCCUCCUGAAGAACCAUGUGCAUUAAUGUCACAGUGUUCAUCAACUCAGCUAGAAACUGAUAUAUCUCCUUCAAUCUUGCAACCGCAGUCAUCAAAUUCAACUCAGUCAGAAACAGAUAUACCUCCUUCAAUCUUGCAAUCGCAGCGAUUAACUUCAACUCAGUCAGAAGCAGAUAUACCUCCUUCAAUCUUGCAAUCGAAGCCAUUAACUUCAACUCAAUCAGAAGCAGAGAUACCUCCUUCAAUCUUGCAAUCGCAGCCAUUAACUUCAACUCAGUCAGAAGCAGAUAUACCUCCUUCAAUCUUGCAAUCGCAGCCAUUGACUUCAACUCUGUCAGAAGCAGAUAUACCUCCUUCAAUCUUGCAAUCGCAGCCCUUGACUUCAACUCAGUCAGAAGCAGAUAUGCCUCCUUCAAUCUUGCAAUCGCAUCCAUUGACUUCAACUCAGUCAGAAGCAGAUAUAUCUCCUUCAAUCUUGCAACCCCAGUCAUCAAAUUCAACUCAGUCAGAAACAGAUAUACCUCCUUCAAUCUUUCAAUCGCAGCCAUUGACUUCAACUCAGUCAGAAGCAGAUAUAUCUCCUUCAAUCUUGCAACCCCAGUCACCAAACUCAACUCAGUCAGAAGCAGAUAUACCUCCUUCAAUCUUGCAAUCGCAGCCAUUGACUUCAACUCAGUCAGAAGCAGAUAUACCUCCUUCAAUCUUGCAAUCGCAGCCAUUAACUUCAACUCAGUCAGAAGCAGAUAUACCUCCUUCAAUCUUGCAAUCGCAGCCAUUGACUUCAACUCAGUCAGAAGCAGAUAUACCUCCUUCAAUCUUGCAAUCGCAGCCCUUGACUUCAACUCAGUCAGAAGCAGAUAUACCUCCUUCAAUCUUGCAAUCGCAUCCAUUGACUUCAACUCAGUCAGAAGCAGAUAUACCUCCUUCAAUCUUGCAAUCGCAGCCAUUGACUUCAACUCAGUCAGAAGCAGAUAUACCUCCUUCAAUCUUGCAAUCGCAGCCAUUGACUUCAACUCAAUCAGAAGCAGAUAUACCUCCUUCAAUCUUGCAAUCGCAGCCAUUGACUUCAACUCAGUCAGAAGCAGAUAUACCUCCUUCAAUCUUGCAAUCGCAGCCAUUGACUUCAACUCAGUCAGAAGCAGAUAUACCUCCUUCAAUCUUGCAAUCGCAGCCAUUGACUUCAACUCAGUCAGAAGCAGAUAUACCUCCUUCAAUCUUGCAAUCGCAGCCAUUAACUUCAACUCAAUCAGAAGCAGAUAUACCUCCUUCAAUCUUGCAAUCGCAGCCAUUGACUUCAACUCAGUCAGAAGCAGAUAUACCUCCUUCAAUCUUGCAAUCGCAGCCAUUGACUUCAACUCAGUCAGAAGCAGAUAUACCUCCUUCAAUCUUGCAAUCGCAGCCAUUGACUUCAACUCAGUCAGAAGCUGAUAUACCUCCUUCAAUCUUGCAAUCGCAGCCAUUAACUUCUUCAGUAAGAUCACAAGCGCAGUUUAGACCACCUCCCACUUGA